UUCACUUCUAAGGAAACAGGAAAGGGAGUUUGAACAGCUCACACACGGACAGACAGACGAUUCCCAAACAGCAGCACACUAACAAAGUGAACAAAUGCCAAUCUGAAAAAGAAGAAUUUGAUUCAGACAGCCAGGGAGACGGAAGUAGGGAGAAAGAAACCAAUCCUGUCAUCUUGUGGGUGGGACUCAAUAGCUGGAUUAGACGAUGACGAUGUCAGGAAGGGUCAUGAGUUGCUGUGCAGCUCUGCUCUUUGCACUGGCCUCUGUGUCAGCUGUACAGAAGCUCCAGUCAAUCAAUGAUUUGAAGAAAAUCAACUUUGGGCAAUCUGUGCCCAAACACACUCUCCUGCUGCUCUACUGGUUUGCCAACGUAGUUGAUAUCAACAAUAACCAUGUCAUUUGCUUGCCCUUCAACCCAAACAGUAACGAUUAUGGAUCACAUCAUUAUGGCAACUAUGAGCAGCUGCUGGACCCACUGCCUCGGGGUUACCAGUACUUCACUGUUGGCAAUCUUAAUGUAAACAGUCAUGAACAACUCCCAGGAUACGUCGUCGCUCCCCGGGCAGAGUAUGUAGGAAGAAACAUGGACCGCAUAAUAUUCAGAGUCAGGCAACAGAAUACAGGAAGAUCUAUGCAGACAGAUCAAGUGUACAUCACACAGCACUAUGAGCCCUCUGAACAACAGGGGACAAGGUAUGACCCGGAACAGACGUACCAGGUCAGCACCAACCUUCUAAGACAGAUCAGAGAGUUUUCUGAUGGGGAACACCAGGACUCACUGUGGGAUCUCAGAAAUCGCUUUGGCAGUAGUGCUGACGAUAGCCAGUUAGGGCAAAUCAGAAACACGUGGGGUAACCUGGCCUGUCUUGGCCUGCUGCUGUUUAUUGUAAUUAAGGAAAAGCACUCCUCUAAAAAACAGAACAAAAGAGAUCAGCCUCCAGCAAGAAGAAACACGCAACCUGAUUUUGUUAUCAACAUCCCAGAAUACCAACCCCAGACACUUCCCAAGAAAAAUCGUAUGAAGACUGAUGGUUCGUGGAAUUUGAGAGAUGGGACUCAGCUUAAGGUGACGACCGGCAAGGAUGGAGGAGCCAGGAUUCUUUGGGAGAAUGUUACUGAAAAUCGCCCAAAGAAUGGAGUGAUGGUAGUGCUUUUCAAGAACCAAAGGGACCAGGAAGCAAGCAAGACUUUUAAGUGCAUUGGGGACAGUUAUUCAGGCAGUUGGGACACCUCAGUGCCGCUAAAUGAUGGUCUUCAGGCUCGACUGCAUAAGGUGAGGAUACAGUGGUGCUGCUUUAAAGUGGUGGGAGAGGAGAUAUGCAGAGGUCCUGAGUUUAAGAAUCCCACAGCAGACAAAGCGGUCAAUAUAAACGGCUACGAUGCAAACCUCCAGCUCUUUGUAAAAGAUGGCAAGGCGUGUGCUCGCUUAUUCGUCAAGAAGACCUUCAGAAGUUGGAAGUCGGAAUUUAACAAUUCAUGGAUCGGUUUCUAUGCCUCUGCAGCUAAAGCCACAAAUCAGUAUGAAUGGUGGCAGUGGCAAUGGGCAACUAAAUUCAGACAUAGCACUGAUGUUCAGAACUCCAGUCAUUAUGUAUACGAGUAUCACUCAGGUAUGUCAAUUGCCCCUGGAGUCCAAGCACGAUUCAUAGGCCGGCCUGAGGAAGUUAAAGCAUGCACUCUAAGCUGGGGGGGUUAAAGAUGACUGGUUAUGCAUUGAAGACAAUGUUUAAGUGGAUGGAAAAUCAACCCUGCUGUAAAGUUGAUUUUAUUUGUUUAUCUGCUUCUUGCACAUAUUGUUCAUCUCUCUUCAAAAUGCUGUCCUGUUGUACAAUUAGUUUUUCAGGUUUACGUUCCAUUUCAUAGAGUCUUGCAUUUGCCAAUUUUGUGAUUUUUUUUUAACAUCGAGACAUAUUUGUGAUGAAACAACAAAUGCUCUGAAUAACAGAACAUCUCUAGUUUUCUUGGACUGAAAAGCCUCAGUCUGUUGUGAAUAGCUUUUAAGGAGAUAUAACCUGUCUGAAUGUUAUUACAUCACAAAAUAUUAAAACAGCAGUUUCAUUAGAAGAAGUGAAGUCUCAUUGGUUGUAUUUCACCAAAACCACAUCUGGACAUUAUGAGCUAGUUGUACUUAAAAACCAGAUGAUUUAAUUAUAAUAGUCUUCUCUGAAAUGUCUCCUUUUUGUAAAUCCUUUCAAUUGCUCUGGCAUAGUCAUAAAGAUCCAGGCUUUAUUCAUGCAACAAUGUCAUGCUCCAGCAUGUCUAGUUGAAUAGUAGUGACUCACUGUUGCUUCAUUCUGUUUUUGAAAAAGGCUCUGAUGGAUAAAUGAAACCGAGAGACAGAAACUGUGAUCUACUCUGAUAAUGUAUUAGCUUUUAGAAACUGGAGUCUUUCCAAAUACGGUAUUGUAUUCUUCUUGAAAUGUUGAAAAUUGGGGUUUUAUAAAUCACAUUGUAUGUAUCAGA